AUGUUUCUCAAUGAGGAGCAUUGUUUGCGCGCGCAGCCUGGCCGCCCUGUCGCCGCCGCCGUAUAUGCGACACCGCGCCCACCACCACCACCACCACCACCACCCAAUGCAGGUAAUACUGUAUGUUCUGCUGGUGAUGGCGGCCGCCCUGAGCGACACCGCGCCCACCACCAUAUGCUGGUGAUGGCGGCCGCCCUGAGCGACACCGCGCCCACCACCACCACCACCACCCCCACCACCCACACUGCAGGUAAUCACUGUCAAAUGGCUCGGCCAGCGAGCAGUCCGUGUUCUGCUGGUGAUGGCGGCGCCCUGAGCGACACCGCGCCCACCACCACCACCACCACCACCACCCACACUGCAGGUAAUCACUGUCAAUGGCUCGGCCAGCGAGCUGUCCGUGUUCUGCUGGUGAUGGCGGCCGCCCUGAGCGACACCGCGCCCACCACCACCACAACCACCACCACCCACACUGCAGGGUCGCGGCUCGGCAGCGAGCUGUCCGUGUUCUGCUGGUGA